GCGCAGCGCGUGGGGACCCUUCCGCCCGGCAGGAAGCGCUGCUGCGAAGCUGUCCUUCCUGCUUUCCUUCCUCCCUCCUUCCCUCCCUCCUUCCCCGCCCCUCCCCUCCCUCCUUCCUCCCUCCCUCCGGCCGCCAUGGGGGGCUCCCUGGCCCUCAACGCCUCCGCGGGGGUCACGCCCAAGGGGGCCGGGGGGGCCUCCUCCUCCGCCACCUCCGGGGCCGGGUCAGGCUACCGCGGCUGCGAAAACGGGGACCUCAUGGGCAACUUCGGCAUCUUCCUCCAAGGGCUGCUCGGGGUGGUGGCCUUCAGCCUCCUCAUGCUGAAACGCUUCAGAGAACCAAAACAUGAAAGACGUCCUUGGAGGAUUUGGUUUUUGGAUACAUCCAAACAAGCCAUAGGGAUGUUGUUCAUCCAUUUUGCCAAUGUUUAUUUAUCAGACCUUACUAAAGAAGACCCCUGUUCACUGUACCUUAUCAAUUUUCUGUUGGAUGCCACCUUAGGAAUGCUGCUUAUUUAUGCUGGUAUACGGGCAGUAGGCAGCAUUGUUGAAUGGCAGCAAUGGGAAUCUCUUCGCUUUGGUGAAUAUGGUGACCCACUGCAGUGCAGUGCUUGGGUAGGCCAGUGUGCAUUGUACAUUGUAAUCAUGAUGUUUGAGAAAACCAUCAUUAUUAUAGUUCUUUUGAUACCUCAAUGGAAAGAGGUAGCUUUAUUGAACCCAAUAGAGAAUCCUCACCUAGAGUUGGCAAUUGUCAUGCUGAUAGUCCCUUUUUUUGUAAAUGCAUUAAUGUUCUGGGUAGUUGAUAACUUCCUUAUGAAGAAAGGGAAGACAAAAGCUAAACUUGAAGAGCCAGGGCAAGAUUCGAGGAAUGGAAGCAAAGUUCGAUACAGGAGAGCAGCCUCACAUGAGGAAUCUGAGUCAGAGAUCCUGAUUUCAGCAGAUGAUGAAAUGGAAGAAUCAGAUGUCGAAGAGGAUCUUCGUAGAUUAACUAAUUUAAAGUCUGUUAAAAAAAAGAAGCACCGAUUUGGUCUGCCUGUAUGACCCAGAUUAUGUGGCCUGUAGAUUUGCAGGUUUAAGACAAAACUGUUCAUGGUCAGUGGUUUUUUACUUGGGAACAUUAUUCCUGUUGCCUGGAAAAUGUGACUCAAAGAAAUGGAGCACAGAUAAAUGGAACACAGAAAGUGGGAAAAGCUACCUGUUCAAUUGCACUAUCAAUACACUGACCAAAAUAUGCAAGGGGAAUCCUCUAAUCAUGUGUUCGAAAAUUGUUGUCACCAAGGAGAUUUGGAGUAAUCUCGCAGAAGACAGGCCAUAGGAUAUCAUCACGGCAACAAUGGUUCCUGAAGGAAGAGACAUUGGGAUUAACAGAAUCUGAAUCAGUGUGUUUUGUUACUAAAGAUUGACUUUUGCAGCAUAUUCCUAGAUCAGAAUAGUUUUGUGGUUACAAAUUGUAACUUAAUAUUCUUAUCUCAGUUUACUACUUAAGGAUACCUAUGGAACUAUUGGGAUGGACAAAUAUUUUUUUUCCUUCCAAGUUCCUGUUACCUGAUUGAACUUUUAUAUUUAAGUUAUAUUUUCAUACUGGGAUAUUUAUGGAUUCUCUUUGUGAAAGAAAAUUAUGCUUUUACUUUUUUGUGAGUGACAGACAGGUCAAACUUUAACAACGUUAUUUGUCAUUGUCUCUGUUUCAUGUAGGAGGUUAACAUGCUGACAAAGGGAAAUGGUGACCAAGUGGCUAAUAAAUAUACAGCGCCUCGUAUCAAAGUGUUUGACAAGCCUGAAUCGUAAUGUAAUAAAGUGGCAACAGUACUUGGUGGAUUUCACCACUGCUGACAUCUGUAACUUGGGUAUUCCUCUGUGUAUGUGCAGUCCUGUGCACUUUAAUAUAAAAAACAAACAUUUAACAUUGUUUCUUCUGUAUGUCGGUUGGACACAGAAGAAACUUUUGAUCAUGUUAGCUUCCUAAGUACUUGCAAGCACACUUCUGAUGUUGCUUCUCAACGAGUCCAAAAGUGAGGCAACAUUCCUUUAAAAAUUCUUUAAUAUUACAACCUCAUCAUGUAGCCAAUAGCUAUGAAUGCUAUUGUAUUAAGCCCUCUGAAGAGCAUUUUUGCUAAUCCUCAUUAUUUCUCUGUUGACUGUCCGAAAGUUCACUAACCAUCGCUUCCCAGUUUUCUCGAAAGGAGAAAAAAAAACAUGCCUAUCUCAUUUAAGCAAGAACAGAAUAGGUGUAUAGCAUGACAAACAUUUGUUUCCAUUAGUUUUAAGUACAGUAGAGUCUCACUUAUCCAACAUAAAUGGGACGGCAGAACAUUGGAUGAGCGAAGAUGCUGGAUAUAAGGAGGGAUUAAAGAAAAUCCUAGUAAAUGUCAAAUUGCAUUAUGAUUUUACAAAUUAAGCACCAAAACAUCAUGUUUUACAACAAAUCAACAGGAAAAAAACAGUUCAAUACAUGGUAACGUUAUGUAGUAAUUACUGUAUUUACGAAUUUAGCACCGAAACAACGCAGUGUAUUGAAACAGCGCAAGGCAAACUACGCUGGAUAAUACAGAACACUGGAUGAGCGAAGGUUGGAUAAGUGAGACUCUACUGUACUUGCUGCUUUCUAUCUGUGGGUACUGGAAAUUUCCCUCAAUGGAAUACUUGUAUAUGUAAUUUCAUCUACUCCAUGUGCUUUUGAAUAUUCUGAUAGUUACAAAACAGCAAAAGUGAUUUCAGAAAAAAAUGCAAACUGUCUGAAUAUCAGACUGUCUUUCAAGCCUUAAAACAUAUUCACUGGCCAGAGCUCAGAACUUUUCAGAGAUAUUUUUUUACAGUUUUUAUAAGUGUAGUCUGCCUUAAAUGUGGUAAGCUGCACAGGUUGUUGGUUUUGGGGGAAGGGGAGGGGAAAUCACUGCGCCUUAGAAGACAAAAGUCCAUGGCACCAUUGUUACUUUUAUUGUUACCCUAUUUGGAUAGCAGUAGUUCUGUGGCAAGUAAUGUUCACCUGCUGUCUAGAAGAACAGGGUCAACCCUACCAUUCAGCAGAUGCAGCGGUGUGGAUGGGGAACAGCAACUGGUUGCUGUGUGGCAGUGUUAGGUGUUUUAUGUCACCUCCCCUGUAACCCCCGGGGCAGCCUGCUACCUCAACUAUGAUGGAGGACACAGUCCUUCUAGGGUUCAGUUACUGGUUUGGUAGAAAUUUGUACACAGAGUAGGAAGAAGCAUCACCUUGUUAUUUUCUUUGGGCAGGAGGUAUUUGGGGCCAGCUUUACAUAAAGAGCAUUUUCGUAGACCAUACAUGUUCAGAGCGACACAGUGGUCAGUGCUGUCUUACACUACAUCAUACUUGCAAUAUCUUGUUACUUGUGGGUGUUCAGGUUUUAAAAAAGGGAAACCAAUGUUUAACUAAAUAGGGGGAAACUAGGAAACACCCCUGUUCUGAGGAUGGGAUAUAUCCUUGAUCAAUGUUGACUUGUAACUUACUUGUUUUUAUAUUAAUUGUACAUUUCUAAUUCUGUGAAUUACUAUUCUGUUAAGCAUUGUACCCUGAAGCAGGUUUUGUCUUAUCUGUGUGAAAUUCCUUAUGUGCACACAACAGAUAUGAUUUAUCAAAUCAAGCAGAUACUAACAUCAGUUUAGUGGUAUAGCGGUACUAAGAAUUGAAAAACUGACUUUUUCUUUGAGGCAGUGAAACAAAUAGAGAUGAACAUCUGUCAUGUACCUUUUACCUUUUUAUGCUAAUAACAACUGACCAAAUUGAAAAGCUUGGUUUACUCAUAUUCUCUCCUGUGGCUUCUGUUCAGUAAAACGUCUAUUUCAAACA